AUGAAUUAUGGAAACGUGGUUUAUCAUAGUAAUGUGUCGGGACCUGAGCACGAGAUAUUUGGCCUCAUCCCCUAUUCAAAUUACAGCAUUAGGAUCAGGGCUUGGAAUUAUGAACUAGCAGGGGAGUAUGGUCCUGCGAUUUGGGCACAGACAGAUGAAGCAAGCCCAGAUCAACCAAUCGGAGUAAAUCUGCCAUCUUCCGACCAGGAGAGCAUCACAGUAGAAUGGAUGUCACCGAACCCUCCUCUGGGCAGGAUAAUAGGUUACUACAUUCUCUACUGUGAGACGGAUGAUAAUAGUUCCACGCCCAGAAACGUCAGCAUCUCGUGUCGGGACGGGCGUUGCUCUGACAUUAACUACAGGUUUUCCACAAUUAUUCUCCAUCUCCAGCCGGACAUGAAUUAUUCCGUUCAGGUCAUGGCGGAGACCAUUCGGGGUGUUGGUGACCCAAGCCCGGACCCACCUGUUGUCAGGAUUACAUCGGAAGGAAUUCCUAGUGAGCCUCAGGCGUUGACUGUUUCCAGCAGAUCAAAAUCUUUACUGAUCACCUGGAAGGAGCCGAGGUACCCCCGUGGAAAAAUCAUCUCCCAUACGCUGGCCUACAAAGUAAAAGGAAAGCCAUACGACAGAUCAUUCCAGCCAGGAGAUUCAUUUACGAUUGAAAAGGUAGCGGGAGCCUCUUUGAGCUUUGAACUUGAUGAUCUGGAGCCAGCUACACUCUAUGAGGUCUACGUGGUAGCGUCCACUAGCAAAGGGGAGGGAGAGUCUAGUCAGCAUGUUGAAGAAUUUACGGAACCUCCUGCAGCUGACGAGCUUCCAAAGCCCAACCCACCAGUGAUAGUAUCUUCCCCUGACGGUUCGACUACCAUUCAGUUUAGUGAUGUGCUUGAAUCUCCAUAUAUAACGCACAUACUUGUUGCUGUUGAAGAGAGACGUCCGUUAGCAAGGCGCCGACGUCAACAGGCAGCGUAUGGAUCCUAUGCCGAGAAUCCCUCCUCAUACAUAGCAGCUAACAUCAGCAAAGAUGAUCUUCCGAUAGAGCUAACUAUAGGGGAUAACGAGACUUAUGGACAUUACCACAAUGCACCCCUCAAAGACAAAGCGAUAUAUGAUAUUCGAAUAGGUGUUGAGAGCAAUGUUGGAGGAAAGAAAUCCACUCUGUUCGGAGAUCCGUCUGAAGUACAAACAGCUGGAGUUCCUUCAGGUUCCAUAGCAACUGUCGUAGGAAGCGCUGUUGGUGCUAUUUUUGUGAUUGUUAUCGUUAUAAUUCUCAUCAUCAUCUUUUACAAGCGAAGAAGCGAUAAAUCAGCCACUACUAAGUCUAAAGGAAAAGAGUCCAAUUCGUCUCCGCAUUAUCAGAACCCUGUAUUUGAUCCGUCAAAGACAGACGUUCAUACCUAUCAAGACCUGCACACUGACAGCCACACCUACCAAGGUAUUAAUACCGAUGCGCAGAGCUACCAGAAUUAUGCUGACCCUCAUACCUACCAAGAUCUCAAGAAACCUGAUCAAGAAGCUAUAUACGAAGAUGUAACUGACGCCAUGAACGGAGACUAUGUCAACGUGCUGAAGAAGAAUUGAUACACGAGAUGAAUAAAGUCCAUCAAAAUGAAAUGAAAAAAAGUUUUAUAGUUUUAAGGAGAAAUAUAUUACAAAUAUAUGUGUAUGUCUCUAUAAUUUCGUGAAGAUGAAACCAUGCUUUAUCACUUAUCGUGAAAUAUCAAAUUUAAUCUUAAUAACUGAAAGAAAAACUGUGCUGAUGGACUGUGGCGUCUCCUCUUAAGUAUCCAAAUGGAAUACCAUGACGAAAAGCUGUCAAAAAGUAUCAUGGCUUCGUUUUCAUUCACCAUCUCUACUCGCCUUACUCCCAAAUCUGUUAAUAUCGGGGAUCAGUUGAAAUACAACGUUUUUAAAUAAUAAUGAUUCGCACAGGUCUGACGAAUUUGGGUAAGAAUAGUUGCACACCUUGGGUACCACACUACAUGAAAGUAAAGGUAUGAGAUUAGUUUCUUUAAAGCCUAUCUGUACUAGUUUGACCAGGAGGGAUUAGACCUCCCUGUAUGGUCACAGACCGAUGAUUAUCUCAUGAAAUCAGCUCUCAA